AUGAUGAACAAACUUUUACUGACGCUUGGUUUGGUGUGGUGUCUGAUCUCUUUGGGGCAGGCAAGACAGGAAAAAACGGUGGAAGAAUGUGAAAAAAAUAUUCCAGCCUCGCUAAGGGACCGAGUUUGCGAACUGCGCCAAUACACACCGGUUAACAGCGAUGAUAUGGAUAAGCACAUGCAGUGCAUUCUGGAAGUUGUUGGGUUUGUUAACGAAAAUGGUGGAGUUAAGGAAAGUGAGCUGCUGACACUGCUACAAACUGUUGACAGUACGGUUGCUCAUCCCGCGAACAUUAAAAAGUGUGUAACGCAAGCAUCCAACGUUGGCAAUGCGAAGAAGGCAAACACCUUCUACACGUGCUUUCUGGGCACAAGUUCAUCGACCAGCUUUAAGAAUGCAGUUGACUAUAACGAGCUUUUGAAGGCCGGUAAGCUACAGAAGGGUGCACCGUUUGAUGCGAGUGUUGUUGCAGCGAAGGUCAAGGAAAUUGAUGACGGUUUAUGCAAUUAA